AUGGAGGCUGCGCAAGGCCACCAAAGGCAGAGGAGAGCUACUCACGCUGGAACGUGGUAUGAUGCUGACAGCAGCAAGCUGUCUGGGCAAAUCCGGCGAUGGCUGCAGAGAUCUACAAAGGUGUGCAACGGGCGUGUAAAGGCACUCAUUUGCCCCCACGCGGGCCUCCGGUUUAGUGGCUCAACGGCAGCUUGUGCUUGGAAGCAAAUUGACCCAUCCCAGUACUCGCGGGUCUUUUUGCUGGGGCCUUCUCACUACAAGUACUUUCCAGGAGUGGCUCUUCCUGCGGACAAAUGCAAUUCAUAUUUGACUCCUUUGGGGGACUUGCCAUUGGACUCAGAGGCCAUUCAGGCCCUCAGGCUCACCGGGGCUUUUGCUGAGUUGUCAUUUUCUGAAGACGAAGAAGAACACAGCAUAGAGUUGAUGCUGCCUUUUUUGAGGCAUGUUUUUAAAGAGGAUGUGAAAAUCGUGCCAAUGGUUGUUGGCGAUUUGAGGGGCCGAGACGACUGUCAGAAAUUCGCAGAUUUGUUGCUAAAGUACUUUUUAGAGGAACUGGUGGGCCUGGCAGCUGCAAAGGGCGAGCAGGGCUUUGCAACCCAACUGAUUGCCUACUCCCAACUAGACAGCGAUGUGGCAGCAGAGGCAGCUCGGGCCCUUUCCCUAAAAUGA